AUUAUUUCAAGGAUAGAGCAAUUCUUGCACCAAUUUUGGAUUGUGUCACUGAUGUCAACAACAAGAUGACUGCAGGGUUACCUGGACAAGAAAGAGUCUACUUAAGUUCAGACUCUGUGUGUGCUGAAGAGAAAAAUAUGGAAUUUGAGUUAGAUGCUUUCUCGCCAGAGAUUCUAAAUGGAAUAAAUUGUUCAGGUCUACCACCACACAAGUUGGUUCUGAAAGUUGGCGCUCCUGUUAUGUUGCUGCGGAAUAUAGACCAAACUAAUGGUUUGUGCAAUGGAACGAGGAUGCAAGUUAGAAGAAUGGAAAAUCAUGUGAUAGAAUGCAAGAUUUUAACUGGUAACAAAGCUGGAAGUAUUGUUCUUAUCCCAAGACUGAAUCUAAUUCCAAAUAAUGAAACAUUGCCGGUCAGGUUUCAAAGAAGACAAUUCCCAAUUAUCAUGUCAUUUGCAAUGACAAUAAAUAAGUCCCAGGGACAAACUCUAUCGAAAGUUGGAAUUUACCUUCCAAGGCCAGUUUUCACCCAUGGUCAAUUGUAUGUUGCGUUAUCAAGGAUAACGAGUAAAGAUAGUCUGCGAGUGCUGUUGCAAGAUCAUGGACACUUGGAAGAUAACUGCACGAUAAAUGUGGUAUAUAGAGAAGUUUUUGAGAGCCUAUAA